AUGAUGUCUGGUAAUACAACUAACAACCUAAAUCCAGCAAAUAAUCAAAAUUUAAAUAUGAAUACUAUUCAUAGUCUGAAUAACAAUAUGAGGAUUACUUCUAGAGACUAUUUGAACAACAACAACAAUAAUAACGUUGUACGGCUGAAUAGUAAUAUUCCCACACCAUCUCCAAGGGUUGUCAAUCAAGCUUCAUUGAGAAGAUAUGCAACGUUACCGAUCAAUUAUUUAUUAAAUAACGAUCCGAUUCCUAAUACUUCCACAAAUAAUUUAAAUUACUUUCCUGAUAGCAAAAAUAAUACCAGCAUGAAUAGUUAUAGUACGAACGCAUCAAACAAUACAGGAAAUUUAAAACUUUCACAUUCUAACAUAGCUAUUCAAUCUGUCAAGACUGACCAAGAAUUAAAGGAAGAAUAUAUUAAUGAGAAGGGACAAUUGAUUGGGAAAUCUGGCAAACCAUUAAGAAAUACCAAGAGAGCAGCACAGAAUAGAUCUUCCCAGAAACAUUUUAGAGAACGUAGAGGGAAAUAUAUUAAACAGUUAGAAGAAAAAGUCGAAAUACUUAAUGAAAUUAGACUGGAAAAUAAUCUUUUGAAAUUGGAAAAUUUGAAAUUGAAACAAUUGUUGAAAUCAAGUUCACCCUCUGAAGAAGAUGAGGAUAUAAAUACCACAAUAAAGUCAUAA